GAUUCUAAGCUACCAUCUUCUGUCCGGAAUACACUCCUUGAACUUUUUGGACAAAUAGAGCGGGAGUUUGAAAACCUGUAUAUUGAAAAUUUGGAAUUACGUAGAGAGAUUGAUACACUGAAUGAGCGAUUAGCAGCUGAAGGACAGACAAUUGAUGGAGCUGAACUGAGCAAAGGACAACUGAAAACAAAAGCCAGUCAUAGUACCAGUCAGCUUUCUCAGAAAUUAAAGACAACUUACAAGGCAUCUACUAGCAAGAUUGUAUCCAGUUUUAAAACUACAACAUCAAGGGCAAUCUGUCAACUGGUAAAGGAAUAUGUUGGCCACAGGGAUGGUAUUUGGGACGUCAGUGUCGCGAAAACUCAACCAGUGGUGUUGGGAACUGCAUCUGCUGAUCACACUGCUUUGCUGUGGAGCAUAGAAACAGGGAAGUGCCUUGUCAAGUAUGUAGGGCAUGUUGGAUCAGUAAAUUCCAUAAAGUUUCAUCCAGCUGAGCAAGUGGCUCUUACAGCAUCUGGAGACCAGACAGCUCACAUCUGGAGGUACAUAGUACAGUUGCCUACACCUCAGCCAACUGCAGACUGCAAUCAAACGUCUGGAGAAGAUGAAGUUGAGUUCUCGGAUAAGGAUGAACCUGAUGGAGAUGGAGAUGGUUCUAGCGAUUGUCCCACUGUCAGAGCCCCAUUAACUUCACUCAAAAGCCAUCAAGGAGUGGUCAUAGCAGCUGACUGGCUUGUUGGGGGGAAGCAAGCUGUGACGGCAUCGUGGGAUAGAACAGCAAAUCUAUACGAUGUAGAGACUUCCGAACUUGUCCAUUCUCUUACAGGGCAUGACCAAGAGCUAACACAUUGCUGUACACAUCCCACCCAGCGUCUCGUGGUGACAUCAUCACGUGAUACAACCUUCCGCCUGUGGGAUUUCAGAGAUCCUUCUAUCCAUUCUGUGAAUGUCUUUCAGGGCCACACAGAGUAAGUGACAGUUCCUUCACAGGUUUUUACAAGUUCCAAAAGU